CACCAACUCGGGUAUGACAACGAAGUAGAGACAAAUACAUUGUACGGCACAUACAAGGCACAAUGGACGUCUUCAAACUCCUCUCGCGGUCCUCGAAAACGGCGCAAACGAGCUCGGCGCUCAAGCUUCCCUCGAAUGGCGCCGUCGCAAAUCCACAACUCUUUGGCCACGAUGACCAUGCAGAGUCGGCGCAAGAAUCGAAUAAGAGUCGCAAGAGGAAGAGAGGCCAGAACACCGAGUCUGCUACCAAUACUUCGACACCACCGACAGCCACCGCCCUGCCCGCAGAGCUGGACUUCUUCGGUGGAGGAGGAGGGAACACAGGUGAUGCAGAUGGGGUGGAGCUCAAAAAAUCUAGAAAGGAAAGAAAGGCCAAGAAGAUAGAAGAGUCCGCUACAGAAAACGGUGUAGACGACAUCGAAGAGACGCCAUACGACGCAGACGAAUCCAAGAGGAUACUACGCUCGCACAAGCUGAAGAUCACCGUACUGGAGGACUUUGCGCCGGUACCAGAGCCUUCCAAGAAAGAGAAAAAGAAGCGGAAGAAGGAGAAAGUUGAGAAGGAGAAGGAGAAGAAAAAGGACUCGAAGAAGCAACUCUACCCACAACCGCUCACGUCGUUUACUCAGUUACGCCCCAGAUAUGCUAUUUCGAGACGGUUGGCGGAGAACAUACAAGAGCAGGGGUACAAACUGCCGACAGAGGUCCAGCUAGGUGUGCUGCCACUGCUGUUGGGGAAGAAGAGACGCGCAGAGGAGAACGAGUCUGGGGCUGAGUUUGGAGGAGACAUUGAUCUCUUGACUGUUGCGCCUACGGGUAGCGGAAAGACGAUUGCAUUCUUGAUACCGAUCAUCAACGCAAUGCUUGCAGGGAACAAAGACACAGAUGUGGAGGAGGGUCCCCGCGCUGUUGUUGUCGCGCCGACCAGGGAACUGGCGUCGCAGAUUGUUAAUGAGGCGAGAAAGCUGGCCAAGGGUACAGGCAUCAAGGCUACGCUUAUGAGGAAGGGCAUGGAAGUUGUUGCGAGGCCAGAAGAUGAGAUUCUCGACGACGUACCAAAUUCGCCUGGAGCUUCCGAUGACGAUGACAGCGCCUCUGGUUCUGACGUCGAGGAAAAGCCAACUAAGCAGAAGAAGCAGAACCGGAGACGAGCAGAGCUGGUCAAAGCAGCCAUCAUCGUAGCGACGCCCCUCGCGCUCUUGAAUGCUCUGAAACGCAGAGAUGGAAGCGUCGCAGCCCUGCCAACUAUCCGCCAACUCGUCCUCGACGAAGCAGAUGUCCUUCUCGACCCCCUCUUUCGCGAACAAACCCUCGCUCUAUGGAACACCUGCACAAACCCUAAACUACGCGUGUGUCUCUGCUCAGCUACCAUGGGCUCGAAUAUUGAAAGCCUCGCCAUCUCCACCCUCAACGAGCGCUGGUCGAACCUCUCCACCACAACCACCGCACUCCCCCCACGACCUCCUCUCAUCCGCCUGGUCGUCGGCCUGAAAGACACCGCUAUCCCCAACAUCGCCCACCAACUAACCUACGCCGCAACCGAACAAGGAAAACUGCUCGGUAUCCGCCAACUCCUGCACCCUACCUCCGUUUUCAAUAACAACACACCCACCCUCCGUCCCCCCUUCCUCGUCUUCACCCAAACCAUCCCCCGCGCCAUCGCCCUGCACUCCGAACUCCUCUACGACAUCCCCCCCGAAGCCGGCGGCUCCUCCCGCAUCGCAGUCCUGCACGCAGACCUCUCGUCCUCGGCCCGCGACGCCAUCAUGACGCGCUUCCGCCGCGGCGAAAUCUGGGUCCUCAUCACCACCGACCUGCUCGCGCGCGGCGUCGACUUCCGCGGCCUGAACGGCGUCGUCAACUACGACGUGCCCUCCUCGGCCGCCGCGUACGUGCACCGCGUUGGGCGCACGGGGCGCGCGGGUCGCGAAGGUGGUGUGGCAGUCACGUUCUACACGCUGGAAGACAUCCCGUAUGUUAAAUUGAUUGCGAAUGUGAUUCGCGCGAGCGAGCAGUUGCGCGGCGUGAAGGAGGAGGAGGGCAGCGUGAAGCAGUGGCUGCUUGACGCGCUGCCCAAUCCGUCGAAGCGGGAUAGGAAGACGUUGAAGAAGAGGGGGGUGGAGAGUCGGCGUAGUGGAGUUAAGGGGGAGGAGGCGAAGAAGGGCAGGAUUAGCACGAAGAGUGGGUAUGUGCGCAAGAUGGAGAAUAAUCGCCGCGGGGCUGUGGAGGGGAGUAAGAGGAGGGAGGCUGAGGCUGGGAAGGGGGCUGGGGGGGAGAGUGGGGGUGAGAGUGGCGCGGAGAGCGGGUUUGAGGGGUAA